AUGUCCAAACGAGCCGCUGAUAAUUCGGACGAGCAAUCUGCCGCUCUUAAGGCCGGAGAACGCCCUUUCACCGACGCCCCUCCAGACGAGGUGGGGGAGUUUGAAGAUGAGUUUGAGGAUGAAUUCGAGAGUGAGGAUGAGAUCCUGGAAGCCGGUGUCGAUGGACGUCCCGAUGCAGAGCUGGAAGAGGAGCAGAAGGAUGCAGAGGCAAUGGAGUUAGAUCAACAGACAUUUAUUCCUGGAAGGACGAAACUCGGCCCCGGAGAAGUUCUAUCUCCUGAUCCAUCGACAUAUGAUAUGCUACACACACUCAGCACCCCAUGGCCCUGUCUCUCGUUUGACAUUGUGCGUGAUUCCUUGGGCGACAACCGCAGGACAUACCCCGCAACAGUUUACGCGGUCGCUGGUACGCAGGCCGAGGGUGGACGAUCAAAGGAGAAUGAAUUGAUGAUACUGAAGAUGAGCGGAUUGAGCAAGAUGGACAAGGGAAAUGAAACGGACUCAGAGAGCGACUCGGACGACGAUGACCUCGGUGAACCCAUCCUUGAGUCCAAGAGUAUCCCGCUGGGCUCCACGACAAACCGAAUUCGGGCACACCAGACCCCAUCCCAAUCGGGAGAUUAUAACAAACCCCCUCAAACCCUCACCGCCACCAUGCUUGAGAACUCACAGGUUGUGAUCCACGACGUCACCCAACAUCUUGCCAGUUUCGACGUCCCUGGCACCGUGAUACCCCCUUCCGCGUCGAAACCAGUAUCGACACUCCGGAUGCACAAGUCGGAAGGUUAUGCGCUCGACUGGUCUCCGUUACAGCCAUUGGGGAAGCUGCUAACGGGCGAUAAUGAUGGAUUAAUUUAUGUCACGACGCGCACUGAAGGAGGCGGAUGGGUGACCGAUACCCGACCGUUCACUGGCCAUAUGUCCUCCGUUGAGGAGCUACAGUGGUCUCCCAAUGAGAAGAACGUCUUUGCCUCCGCUAGCAGUGAUGGCAGCGUCAAGGUUUGGGAUGUGCGAUCCAAGUCUCGGAAGCCCGCUGUGGAUGUUCAGGUGUCCACCACUGAUGUGAACGUGAUGACCUGGUCUAAUCAAACAUUCCAUCUUCUCGCCACCGGUGCCGAUGAUGGGCAAUGGGCGGUGUGGGAUUUGAGACACUGGAAGCCGGAUGCUUCGGCACCCUCCUCACAGAUCAAGGCGUCCCCCGUAGCGGCGUUCGACUUCCAUCGGGAGCCCAUUACGAGUAUUGAAUGGCACCCGUCCGAUGAUAGCGUGGUUGCUGUUGGGUCUGCAGAUAACACGGUUACAUUGUGGGAUUUGGCUGUUGAGUUAGACGAGGAGGAGAGCCGACAGGCUGGCAUGUCGGACGUACCACCACAGUUGCUGUUCGUUCACUAUGCCGAAUCGGUCAAGGAGGUGCAUUGGCAAGCUCAGAUGCCUGGUACUGUAAUGGCUACUGGAGCUGCCGGGUUUGGUAUUUUUAAGACAAUCAGCGUGUAG